AUGACGAGGGAUGAGAACAAACUUAUAUUUGAAGGUGCUGGUGAUUUGAAUAACGAAAGGAUUAUUGAAGUUGAAAGAAUGAUAAAGCGCAAAAUAAGACAGUACUCUUUGAAUCUACAGGUAGAAAACGUGUUUGAGAGAUACUCCGACAAGUAUUUUGUAAGUCUCCUUACUGAGGACAUGCUGAAGAGUUCUGUGAGUCUUGAACUAAUGCCUUCAGAGAUAUCGAAAGUGUUUGGGGCGAAAAGAGAAAGAAAAGUGGAAGAUAUCGGUAGUGUUGAAAGCUCUUCGUCAGAAGAAGCUAUAGAUGAUGAAUCAGAAUCAAAAAGCGAGGAAAGCGACAAUGACUAUGUACAGAAUUUUUAUGAUGAGGAAGAGCUUGUGUCAGACAAGGAGGAAGAGGGAUAUAUUUUCUAA